UCUUUACAAAGUAUCCAAAUUUCCUCAAAUUUUGCCGCAAUCGAUAAACGCCCAAUUCCCUCUUCCCGAACUUCCUGCGAUCUCAAUAUCGCCGGAAAAACAAACCCACUAAACCGUCCGAUGAUUCCCCUGAAAAAACACAUCAUCAACUCACCCAAAUCUCCUCUUUCUCUAAAUCGCUAUCGCUAUUGCCGUCACGCAUGGCUCUUUAUCUUCUUUAUCGGCUUUCAAAUCUUCCUCCUUUUCUCCUCCCGUUCCAUCCAGUACCUUUUUCCGACUCCACAAACUCCGAUCCCGUCCUCCGUCUCCGGCGAGAAUGAAUGCCCCUUAGGCAGAGUCUAUGUCUACGAUCUCCCACCUCACUUCAACACUCAAUUACUUCGAAACUGUAAUGAAAUUAACCCCUGGGUUUCUCCAUGUAAUAAUUUGUACUCAAACAACGGUUUCGGACGACGGGUUAUCACCGGACUAGCUACAAUUAUGCCGGAAAGUCUCGCCGGCGCUUGGUAUUGGACUGACCAGUUUGCGUUGGAGGUUAUAUACCAUAAUCGGAUCAUGAACUAUCCUUGCCGAGUCCUUGAGCCAGAAUCCGCUACGGCGUUCUACAUACCACUGUACGCUGGACUCGCGGUUGGAAGGUAUUUAUGGAACAAUUACAGUGCCGAUGAUCGCGAUCGUGAUUGCGUUAUGAUGUUAAGAUGGAUACAGAAUCAAACAUAUUUCAAGAGAUCGGACGGCUGGGAUCAUUUCAUAACGAUGGGUCGUAUAUCAUGGGAUUUUCGGAGAUCAAAAGAUGAGGAUUGGGGUUCAAGCUGUAUAUACAUGCCGGGUAUGAGGAACAUCACACGGCUAUUGAUAGAGAGAAAUCCGUGGGACUAUUUCGACGUCGGUGUACCUUAUCCCACUGGAUUUCACCCCACUACCGAAUCCGACUUGCAGUCGUGGCAGGAUUUCGUGAUGACACGUAAGAGAACCACACUCUUCUGCUUCGCAGGCGCUACACGUGGCUUCAUCAAGAACGACUUUAGAACCGCACUACUGAGUCAAUGUUACAACUCGAACGGUUCGUGCCGAGUCGUGGAUUGCGGCGGUUCGAAAUGUUCUAACGGAACAUCGGCCAUUCUCGAAACGUUUCUUGACUCGGAUUUCUGUCUCCAGCCGAGAGGCGACAGUUUCACCCGCCGGUCCAUCUUUGACUGCAUGAUCGCCGGUUCAAUUCCGGUUUUCUUUUGGAAGAGGACGGCGUAUUAUCAGUACCAAUGGUUCUUGCCGGAUGAACCGGAAAGUUUUUCCGUUUUUAUAGACCGGAACGCCGUUAAAAACGGAACUUCCAUUAAAAUGGAACUUGAGAAAAUACCCAGAGAAGUUGUGAAGAGAAUGAGGGAGAAAGUAAUCGAAUACAUACCCAAAUUUGUGUAUGCAAAUCCCAACGAAGGGAAGGAAACCAUAACAGACGCCUUCACCGUCGCCAUUGAUGGGGUGCUGAACAGAAUCAAGGAUCAAGAAGAAGCAGGAUAUAAAUGGUAAUGCAAAUAUGGGAAACUUGUAUCUAUUUUUAUUUUUUUUUGGUAAUGAGUAACUUUUUUAUGUGUUUAUUUAUAUACUCUAAGAUAUUAAAUAAUGUUCAUAAAUAAAUAUAAUUUUCCAUUAGAUUA